AGCGUUUACUAUGGAAAGCGACAAUAUAGAGAAUGCCUCAGAAAAUGUGCGGUUCAACAAGCUGAUCCUUCACAUCGCACGGCAUAUAAACGACGAAGAGGUGAAGGAAAUCAAGAUUUUGCUCCAAGGUUGUGGACACAUGAUAUCGAAAGAAUUACAAAGGAUUUCAGAUCCGAAAGACUUUUGUCUACAUUUGAUGAAUGUUGGUUAUUUCACACGGAAUAACAUCGUGGCUAUACAGGCUCUAUUGUGGAACCUUAGAAACAUCUUGCUAUAUAAUGAGGUGUCAAAGAUGGCCAGCAAUAUCAAAGAUAUCCUCUACUUUUGUGAACCCAAUCCAAUACCAGCUACUGAUCACGACUGUGUUACCAUACAUUACAAGCAAAAACCUUCCGAGGAAGAGGUUCAGAGUUUACAACAAAAGUUUGCUAGUGUGUUCGGAAUACCAUGGAACUUUGUCUUAAUUGUUGGAUCAAAGCCUACACGUAGCUGGUACAUCACCCUGAUGUUUCCUGCAGUGUGCACGGAAAAGUUUUUGAAAUCUGAUUUAAAGGCAGAAUUGUUUCGUGAGCAAGUGAUAGAUACCAUAGACCUGCACGGAGAGACCAUUGAUUUAAGCGGUGAGAAAAAGGCGGUAAAGCAGGAGGAAAAGACUAUGGAAUCAAGUUAUGAUCAAGAGACAGACUCCAUGGAGACGCAUGAAAAACUCAUUGCCUCUGUUAAGAAAUGCAACGAUAAAUUGAACAAGCUUAUCGAUUACAUCGCAGAGCAUAUCAAAGACGAAGAGGUGAAGAAGAUGAAAGUAUUGCUCCAAGGGUGCGAACAGAUGGCAUCAAAUGAUUCAGAAAGGAUUUCAAAUCCUAAAGACUUGUGUCUACAUCUAAAGAAAACUGGUUAUUUUACACCGAAUAACGUCAUAUCUGUACAGGCGCUACUGUGGAAUGUUGGAAACAUCGCGUUGUAUGAUGAAGUGUCAAAGAUAGCCGAAGAGACCAAAGACAUCCUUUACCUUUGUGAACCUAAUCCAAUACCUGUUGAUGGUCACGACCAUGUUACGAUACAUUUCAAGCAAAAACCUUCGAAGGAAGAGGUUGAGAGUUUACGACAAAGGUUUGCUAUAUGGUUCCGAGUAGCAUGGCACUUCGUCCCGAUUGUUGGAUCAGUGCCUACAAGCGGCUGGAACAUCACCUUUAUGAUUCCUGAAAUGUGCACGAAAAAGUUAUUGAAAUCUGCUGAUUUAAGUAGAAAAUGGUUUCGUAAGCAAGGGAUAGAAUCCAUGGAACUGCACGGACAUACCAUUGAUUUAACUGGUGAGCAAAAUCCAUUAAAACUGCACGAAAUGGAUAUUGAUUUAAGUUGUAAGCAAGAAAAGACCGAAGAAAAGGAGCUGAUCAAAAACAUUACUGGACUGAAACGUGACUUCCCUAUUAAGCCGACUGAAGAAAAGGCACCAGAAGAACAACACUUUAUGGAAGCAGGACCCAGUGAAGAAUUUCAACGUGUAAAAAGAUUGAAAAGUGACUUCUCUAUCAAACCGACUGAAGGAAAGACAUCCAAAGAACAAGUUUUUACAGAAGCAGGACACAGGGAAGGAUUUCAACUUGUUAAGAAGCCGACGCUGAGAUUCACAGAGACAGACGACAGUGAGCUGAGAAUCAGUGACAGCGGCUGUGUGGUAAAGGGUGAGAGCUUGUCCAGUGUGUUGGUGUCGAGGAGAGCUGUGACAGACGGGCGUUACCAGACGGGCAGGAGUGACACAGGAGAGCUGUGA